ACAGUUCUGCAGUAGACUACAAUAUAAACAGAUUAACAUACGUUUAUUCUGAAAAUAAUAAACCGGAAAAGGCGUCGACGUAGAUUGUUGCUGUUGUUGUCAACAGCUAAUCAAGGAAACGGCGACUUCAGGCGCCACAAAGCUCAAGUAACUUUACAAUUAAGGCUACUACGCUGUGAAAGUCCCAGCUUUAAGGGUGUGUGGUAAACAUCACUGUGCAGUGGGUGUCAGUAGCUGUGUGUAGCAGCGUUUUUCAGAGUCAGUGAUGUCUUCAGAGCUGCUGGUAGAUUUGGGUGAAGACCCUGCAACUGCACAGUUAGGACAGCUGAAGCUGACCACUGUAGAGGACCAGCAGUGGCCGGCUGAUGAGUCUACUCUCAGCAAAUCAGAGACAGAUAUCUCCCAGCGCUUUGACGCUGGCUCUCCACACCUGCCCUGGGACCAUCCGUUCUAUGACAUCGCCAGGCAUCAGAUCAUUGAAGUGGCGGGUGAUGACAACUUUGGAAGGAAGGUGAUAGUCUUUAAUGCAUGCAGGAUGCCACCACAGCACCAACUGGACCAUCACAAGCUGCUUAUGUAUCUUAAAGGAACACUGGAUCAGUAUGUUGAAAGUGACUACACUCUGAUCUAUUUCCAUCAUGGGCUGACCAGUGAAAACAAACCCUCUCUCAGCUGGCUACGAGAUGCGUACAGGGAGUUUGACAGAAAGUAUAAGAAGAACAUCAAGGCUCUGUACAUCGUCCAUCCAACCAUGUUCAUCAAGACUCUGCUGAUUCUCUUCAAACCAAUCAUCAGUUUUAAGUUUGGCAGGAAGAUUAACUAUGUGAGCUAUCUGAGUGAGCUGGAAGAUGUGGUGAAGAGUGAGCAGUUGCUUAUUCCUGCCCGUGUCAAAGAGUACGACAACAAGUUAAGAGCCUCACUUAAACCAACCGUCCAGCCUCCCAUGUCUCCUCCUCACAGCCCUCCCCCUCCCAGCCAGGUGUUUGGGGUGCCGCUUGCAUUGCUCAGGCAGAGGAAUCCAAGUGGCAAUCCAGUUCCUGUGGUGAUGACGGACACCAUUAGUUUCCUUUCCGAGCAAGGAUUGGAAAUUGAAGGGAUCUUCAGACGGUCUGCCAAUGUGACUCUUGUGAAAGAGGUCCAGCAGAGAUACAACUCAGGUGCAACAGUGAAUUUCAGAGAGAUGGAAGACGUCCACUUGGCUGCUGUGAUUCUGAAGACAUUCCUGAGGGAACUACCUGAACCUCUGCUGACCUACCAGCUCUACAACGACAUUGUCAACUUUACUGUAUCCAGUGACAGGCAGGUGGAUCUUAUAAAGACACUGAUGGAGUCGCUGCCUGAAGAAAACUAUGCAUCACUGCGUCACCUCAUCACAUUCCUGGCAAAGGUAUCAGCCAACAGUGAAGUGAAUAAGAUGACCAACAGUAACCUGGCUGUGGUGUUUGGUCCUAACCUGCUCUGGGGACGGGACAACGGCAUGUCACUCAGUGCCAUUGGGCCAAUAAACAAUUUCACUAGAAUCCUGCUGGACCACCAGCAUCUGGUCUUUACCUAAACCCUGCAGUCUCUUCCAGUCCGAAACACCCUUUUCCAUUAAACCACCAUACAUUUUAAAAGGGUCCCGUGAACCCAUUGCAUUUCAUUUUGUCUCCAUCAGUCUUUACAUUCUGAUUGGCCCAUUAAUGGUGUCUUGUUGUUAACAGCAGUGUGGACUGCUACUAUCUUCUGGCCAGCAUUUCCUUUUGCAUGUGACUCUAGGCAUGUGGAUGUCAAUGGCACAUACAUUAGACUGCUGACAAAUAACCCUCAAUAAACAAUGUGUAGCACAAAAUUCAACAUUCAUUCACAAUGGAUCACUUUGUUUUGACUGUGCAGAUCAAAGGCAGUAGUUCAACUUUAAAGUGGCAAAGUUAUUCUGGAAACUCGUGUUUUUUUGUUGCUUUGCUUUUUGUCAUUUUGGUAAGUCGGAGCUGCCUCAGUAUCCAGUUUUGCUACAUAUAGUGAAUCAAAAUAAACCACAGAAUUUGGGGACAAAUUUUUUAAAUCAAAAAUAGGAAGUGGAUCUUCACAUAACAAAAAAACUACAUGAUACGAGGUGAAGAUCCACUCCCUAAAUUUGUUACAGAAUUUGAUUACAUUGAAUUCUGUGGUUUCCUCCCACUCACUCUAUGUAUAUGUUGCAAAACAGUUUUUGACUCGCCACAAUAAUGUUGAUAAGCAUGGAUGAGAAUACCUGUGCAGGUUAUUCCAACUUGCAGAAAUAGUUAUUAAUUGCCCUUAAAGUCUGGCAACUCACAGAAGACAUAUAUUUUGUAAAAGAAAUGUACAGAAUCGAAGAAAAUGGGGAUAACCUGAAAUUCAGUCACUUUGGUCAAGCUCCAGAAACACUGGACCCUACAUUUCCCAUAAGGCAACUUAUUAUGUUGUAAUUUUUUUGUCUAAGCCAUUUACUUUGUCACAUUUGACACAGCUCCCACAGAGACACAACUGUGUUAUGAUGUGAAAGAAAAACGGCAGAUCAGUGUGCUAUAAUAUUGCAAGGAGUGUAUCUUUAAAGACAUAAUUGCACUCAACAACAAUUGAGUAAAAAGUGUUUGUUGGUUCCAGUGUGAAUGCAUACACAAGCACUAACUGAAGUACAGGCAACCUACAGUUCUUUCACAUUCAUUCCUGACACUUCCACCUCCCCAUUACACCCAACAACCCUUCAAAGAUUCCUGUUCCAAUUGCAGUUUUUUGUUUUGUUACCUCUACUUAAACGUGUCUCAGGUCCUACCUGAACACAAUCUGGGUAUCAUUUUUUAUGUCUAUAGGAAGAUAAAUAACAUUUGGACUUGGAUUUUUCCAGUCUUUCUCUGUAUACCUGUGCUGUUGUCAGUCUGUCUCUCUGCUGUUUUUUUAUGUAGUGACAAAAAAAUAAAUAAAUUGGCCUCCAGCAUUCACACAAAUUAUCACCCUGUUCUGCAUGAUAAAAUGUGAUCAGUAACAAGUACAGAUUAUAAGCAGUGUAGUUACGGUACCAAAUGUCUAACAUUCUGAUCACAAACUUAAAGAGGAGAGAUAGAUGUUCAGACCUGGCAUUAUCAUAAAUAAACCGCUCUGAGGCGGUUCAUUUUGAAGGUUGAUAGUGUGAUCAGCCAAUACGCAACUUAAUUAAUGCCAGGUCAGAACAGGGCAUAAGAGAAUGAAGGUGGGAUUUCCCAUGUCCUUGAAAGUCUCAGGAUAACUUACAAAUGGUAAACUUGGUACCAAAUGUUGUUGACAAUCUUUUAAAUGCUGUAAUUAUAGUAACCAGUAGAAAAGGAGCUGUGUGAUUCUACCAGCAGAUCAGUUAGUGUUUCAAACCUAAACACAGCUGUAAAUGUAGAUGAAGUGAGUGCCGGUGUGGUUUCAGGCUGAGUACUCCCUGCUCUGUAAUAUACUCUGUAAUAUUAUGAUUGUUAUUUGACUGAUAUUUGUAACUGUUUGUGUCUCUCUCCUCUUUGAUCUUUCAUAAUAUUAUAUUUUUUGGGGAUUUCCACCCUUUUACCUUACCAAUUUUUUUUUAAUCUGAAUUCCAUUGUCAUUAUAGUAACUGUGUUUUUGACUUAUCUCAUUGUAGUUUAUCAGCACAGUUUUUUGGACGUUAUAGAUUAAACAGUAGACAGAAAAACCGAACUAAGACUUACAAGCAGAUACACAAACAGUUCUGCAUGCCAUUACAAUCAGUUUGGCAUGGCAUGACUUUUAGAUGUCUAUGCUCUGUAUGGGUAAAGUAACAUGGACUUGGUAGUUGCAAGUUCAACCCGUUCCAGUCAAUAGAAGGAAGCAACUAAAUUGCUAAA